GGAAAAUAUUUUUGGGAACGGAGGGAGUACUAUGAAAAUGUCAAUUGAGCCCACCAACUCAAAUAUCACCCAAUUAAGCAUGUGAACUUGUAAAAAACAUUCAAAUCAGUUUUCUAACGGGUAAUCAACUAGUCAUCGGGUAAAUGACACGUGGCGACACGUGACGACAAGUGGUGACACGUGACGACACAUUGACAUUUUCUUUCUUCUUUCCUUGUUCCCUCCUCUCUCUUCCCGUUGACUCCUUCUUCGCCCGGUUACAGAGUAUUUUCUUUUGCUUUCAUUUGGGUCUCUUCGGCAUUGAUUUAAUUACAACCCCAAGCUCCCCCGUUUCGCACUUUACUUUCAUUUUGGAUACACAACUAACACAAGAAAUGAAGACAAAUAAGAACAAUAAAUAAAACAGCAAAUUGGUGAGAAUAGAUGGAGAAGAUCGAGACUUCAUGAGACGGAACAUUGGUGAGAAAUGAAAGGAUGACAACGUUCAGUGAAGACAACUGGUGCUCUGUUUGUCGGAAUUUGGCCGGAGAAGACGACCGGCGCUCUCUUUGACGGAAGUUGGCCGGAGAAGACGACCGGCGCUCAGUUCCCAGGCGGAUGAACCAUGGAACAACGGCGGUGGCGUUCAGGAAGCGGCAUCGUGGUGGUGAUUGUAAAAUAAAUAAGGAAUGAAAGAAAGGGUAAUAAAGAAAGGCGCAGGUCGCAGGAGGGGGAAGAUGGGGGAGUCGGGAGAAGAAAAGGAUUGGGGAAGAAAGAGAGGAAGAAAGAAAAUAAAGAAAGAGGGGGAGAAACAAAAAAUGAUGUCACGUUUUUUUUAUAUGUGGUCGUUUAACUUUGUCAUUUAAUUGUGUCAUUUCUUCUGAUUUUCUUUUUUAGACCGUCCAAAUUCAUAUUCAUUCACAUUUUUCUUACGCAACUAAAACAAAAACAAUAUAUUUUCCUAUUUAAGUUCAUAAAAGUACCGGGCUAUGUGACACUUUUUCAUAUUUAAUCGGGUCCUGAAUAAAAUGCUACUACUAGGUAAUUUAGCUUGGAGCCAUAUGAAACAGUUAUUAAACGGUCACUCGAGAGGCUAGAUAUUGGCGUUGCAGAAAAAUCAUCAAGAUUCAUAAGAAUUCCAGUGGAAAAACUCAAGUAGUCAAGCGUGGCGAUCAGGUAAGUUGCGAUUGCAAUUACACCCAUUCAAUUCAAUACUACAUGCGUAAAUUCUUGUAGUACUCGUUUGAGACUUGAGAGGGAAUAAUGAUGUCACUUUCAUUUUAAAAAAAUCAGUUUGGUUUAGAUAAAGAUUGCCUGUAUUUAUGCAUUUACCCUGUGGUUGAAACUGAGAUGUCUUGAAAGGUCAGUAGCAUUUACCGGCCGAGAAUCACUCAUCAGUCUUUAUCUACAAACUGACGAAGCGAUGCUAUUUUAUUCUCCUUUCCCCCAAUUCCCCAAAGAUCCAAUUUUUAUGUAUCUGCAUAUUCAUUCCUUAUCAUUACUACUGAGUAUUACGGAAUAUUAUUUUAUCAAUUACCGAAAAUAUGAACAGGUGAACAAUUGCAAACGUGUGACCAAAACUUCUCUCAACCGUUUCCUCCUCUCAUACCAAUAAUUUUUUAACUUUAUCCUUGGAAUCUUCUACCUCUCCAGAUUUCGGUAUUCUUGAUUUUCUGCUAAUGUGGGUCGUGUAAUCUGGGCUUGAUCCAAGAUUUUGUCACAUUACGAGUUAAACCUGGGUGGCACUGAUUUGAAUUUGACCGACUUGGGAUUGCUUGACGUUUGGAUAUAGUGAUAAAUAUAUGCAGAUUGUUAGUUACAUUGACAGGGAAAAGAGAAAAAGAUUCAUUCUUUUCUCUUCUGAGGAUUCAGAUAGGGCUAGUUUUGGUCUUUUGGAGGCGGCAUUUGGGUUUGUGGAAGUUAGGUAGGUUUUGAGGGUUGGAAUCAUGGGCUGUAUGUGCGCAAAGGGGGUAGUAUCAGGACAUAAGCUACCAGGGAAACGUGGUAUGGGGAAGGAGAGAGAACCCAAAAUACUGUCUUCAAAACUGUCCAAUUCAUCUUAUAGAAAGGAGAAAGUAGUUAUGGAGGUUGAUGAUGGCACUAAUGAGGUCACUACCCCAUUAAUAUCACCACAUGCUAGUUUGGAUGAGCUGAAGCUUGUUGGAACAUAUACUCAAAUGAGCGGGCCCAUUAUGGAUGAUGGAGGGGCGGAUGGGGUGGAACUGUCACAUCAGUUGACGGACUGUGUGUUUGGCAUGAGGAAUGGAGUUGAGGGUGCACAAGUUGCUGCGGGAUGGCCUUCGUGGUUAACUGCUGUGGCAGGGGAAGCUAUCAACGGGUGGGUCCCUAGAAAAGCGGAUUCAUUUGAGAAAUUAGAUAAGAUUGGUCAAGGGACAUAUAGCAGUGUGUAUAGAGCUCAUGACCUCGAAGCUAAAAAAGUAGUUGCCUUAAAGAAAGUACGGUUUGUGAACAUGGAUCCAGAGAGUGUUCGUUUUAUGGCAAGAGAGAUUAUUAUUCUACGUAGGCUGGACCACCCGAAUGUGAUGAAGCUUGAAGGUCUAGUGACUUCCCGAGUUUCGGGACAUUUGUAUCUUGUGUUUGAAUACAUGGAGCAUGAUCUUGCAGGUCUAGUGUCUUCUCCAGGAAUCGGGUUUACAGAAUCACAGAUAAAGUGCUAUAUGCAACAACUGUUUCAUGGGCUUAAACACUGCCAUAGCCGUGGGGUUUUGCAUCGUGACAUAAAGGGUUCAAAUCUUUUGAUUGACAACAAUGGUAAUCUCAAGAUUGGCGAUUUCGGACUUGCAACAUUUGUUAGUACCAAUCAGCCACUGACAAGUCGUGUUGUCACUUUGUGGUAUCGGCCACCAGAACUCUUGCUUGGUGCCACUGACUAUGGAGUAGCAGUUGAUUUGUGGAGCUCGGGUUGCAUCCUUGCUGAAUUAUUUGCUGGAAAACCUAUUAUGCGUGGAAGAACUGAGGUACUUGUGUAGUUCUGGGGUUGCAAGGAUUAUGGUAUCAAUAAUUUUUCUUGAUUUAAUACCAGAUUUUGGGCCCGUAUGGUAAGGAUUAUUUUCGUUGAAGUUGCUGAAUUUUCUCAAGUGAAAGCAUUUGGUAUAAAAAGUUUCUGCUUAUUAUGGUGUAAUAAAUGCGGUAUUGUUCUUACCAAAUGGGGUCUUGGUCCUCAACCAUGUGAUAGGAAUCAGGCCUAUUAGGUUAAUAAUAGAAAUAAUAAUAAUAAUAACAACAACAACAACAAUAAUAAUAAUAAAGUGUACAUGUAGUAUAAAUAGAAGGGGAGGGGUGGAAAAGAGGAGGCUGUUUGACAGUUAGAUUGUUGGACUGGGAGAAUAGAGAUACACUCUCUUUCUUUGGGGCUUCGUUGUGCUGGUUUUCACCAUUAAUGAAGUUUGAGUUGUUUCUUGAAUACUUUUCAUCUUUUCUGUAAAUCUUUUAUAUACCUGGAGUUGUUCUAGCACCAUGCAAUCAAUUCCACAUUUUAUGUAACUUAUGCUUUGACCACAUAGCUACCUGGUUUAGUUUCACGUGAUCAAAUCUGAAUGCUGUACAAAAAGAGAGUAAAAAACUGAAAAGUUUCAUCUGUGGCAUCGCAAUCUGCAACCAUUCCAUAGUAUUUUUUAUAUCAUUGUUCUUUAAGGAGAAUAUAGGGAUUUUUCUCAUGGAGGCUAAAUCAGGAAAUAACAUGAAAUUAAGAUAAAAUAUUGGUCAAAUUGAAAGUUGAAGAUUAGAUGUGGAAUCAACAGAAUAGUCAAGGACUAUGGAAUAAAGUCAAUUAUGUUUUUUCUCUAGGAAAUAUUUGGGGUUGAAUGCUCAAUUUGAACCCUAUUCACUAUUUUGACAAAUAUGUUUGAUCGUUUUAAUAUAACAUCUGGUGAGAUUGAUUAUAGCCUGGUGAGAUUGCUUAAAUCGUAUGGUCAUUUGGAACAUAUCAAUUUUGGACCCAAGCCUUUUCUCUAAGCCUGGCCUGCUCACACGUAAAAUAAUAACACUGAAAUGAAAACCUUGACCAGUGGUGAAAUAGUGAAUGUUUAAGGGAAUAGGAGGCAGAAGAAUCGUUUUGAAUGUUGUCAUUGGCUCAUUGCAAUUAAAGAUAGAUCAGAAGCUGAUGAACUACACCAUUCUUUGAAGUUCUGUUUGGGUGAAUUGUUCUGGAGGAGGAGGCUUAGUUUACUUCUUAAUAAAUAGAAUGAUUCUAGUAACAAAUAAGAGCUUAUUAGUUGUGUUAGGAUCACAUAUUAUGUUAAUUUUUUCAAAUAUUUUGAAGAUUCUUGGGUUGUAUGUUUGGUUCAGCUGACUCUGCUACAGAAAAUUUCGAGUCUAUUUGAUCUCUUUUAUUCCAAGAAAACCUGAACAAUUUAGGGGAUGCCUGUUAAGUGCGUGAGUCAGAGACCUCAUCCAAGGACGUGAACGGGGUUGACCACAGGUUGAACAACUGCAUACAAUCUUUAAACUCUGUGGUUCACCAUCUGAUGAAUACUGGACAAAAUCAAAACUGCCACACACAACCAUUUUCAAACCUCAGCAACCUUAUAAACGUCGUUUUGCAGACACAUUCAAAGAUUUCCCUCAUUCGGCGUUAUCCAUUCUGGAGUCUCUUCUUGCUUUUGAACCUGAGUGUAGGGGUUCUGCAUCCUCAGCUCUUCAAAGUGAGUUCUUCACAACACAACCUCUUCCAUGUGAUCCAUCUUCUUUGCCAAAGUAUCCGCCAAGCAAGGAAUUUGAUUCCAAGAUGCGUGAUGAUGAAGUGAGACGGCAAACACAUGGCUGUAAUAAGGAUGCCAAAGUGUCUAAAGCUUUGCCAGCACCAGAUGCCAACCCUGAGUUGAGAUCAUCCUUGCAGAACUUCCAAGGGCAGUCAAACUCCAAGUGUGUCAGCGAGCAGAAUGAUCCCGCAGAAAGGGGUAGUUCAGUCUUUCCAGAUCUGCCGUCUAGAGGCUCUUUACAUGGUGAUCAUUUUGCGGGCCACGGGGGAUGGGACGAGGUUGGUUCUCUGGGCUAUGGUGCAGAGCUGAGAACACAGAGAUCAUACAGACCUCAGAGAGGAGGGGGAGGAGGAGCUGAGCUAUCCCAAUUUUCAAAUUCAAUGGCAGCUAGUUGUGGUAGUUCUAGAUUUCAUCUCACCAAAGAUGGUGGCAUCCAAUCACAUUGGCCCAAUAAGCAGUUUGGAACAAAAUAUAACCCGUUAAAUGAUCCAGAGUCUUCUCAUUCUUUGCUUGGGAUAAGAGGAAACCACGGCUCCAAAAAGGACACGCAUCCGUCUAGAAAGGAGUAUACAAUGGGUUUUGGUCCAAAGGGUGCCCGAAUGCACUACUCUGGCCCUUUGCUUACACCAGGAGGAAACAUAGAAGAAAUCCUUAAGGAGCACGAGAAACAAAUCCAAAAUGCAGUCCGCAAAGCUCGUCUCAAUAAUACCAAACCAACAAGAGUAUACAAUGACCAAACAGCAUCUCUACUGCAUUACGUGGGGACAACAGGACGGUGAGGCAAAGCAAUACACAGCAGUGUUUGGAUAAGAAGAUUUUGCAUAGUGCAGUGACAAAUGCUCAAAGGAAUGGGUAAAAAAAUCCAUUGCCUGGUUGGGAGAACUUCUCUUUUGUACAGUGUAUGGUUUGAUUUUCCUUUUGUAUUAAGGAGACUAAGGAGACUAGUAGCUCACCCGAUGCACGACAAAAAGCUUAAAUUCAUAUAAUUAAAAAAAUAUUCUCAAAAAGCAUAUUGUUAAAUCAAUUAAAAGAAUUAAAGUUCAAUAAGAAACAUCUACAAAUUUU